AUCUUCUGCACAACCUCUCGGACUCUCGGACCCUUGGUUUUAAGUCCCUUCCACUGUACGCCCACGUUUGCUGUAGCCGUCCAGCUUUAGUCGGGGAACCAUGUUUCUAUCACUCCUUGAACGUCUCACGUUUUAAAGGACCCAUAGGUCUUCGCCAUACGAGUACUGCGCGCACUCAAUCUGCUAGGCCACCUCCAAUCCUUGAAUCGCUGGCGCGCUGUUGUAAUGUCAUGUCACGUCGGCAGCUUUCGCGAAACAUCUGCGCAGGUUUUUGGCUCCAUAGCGGUGGUUUCACUUUCGGAUGCUCGAGCCAAUCAUCGCCGUCUGCCCACGAGGCUCAUCCUUAUGAACGUUUUGGCUUCACUCAAAUUAAAGAUCUCCACUGAUGUUUUAAACGAUGUCGCGAACGACAUGCAAUACAUCCACGCUUCAGUAUGGGCCGGGGUGGCUUCUUCCGCAUCCACAUCCACCUUGAACCGUCCCGUAUCCCGGCUGUCGCUUCGAUCAAACAUAACUGUCGCCGUUCUGGGAUACACCGCGUUGACACUGCGUUCAUGUCCUUCCACUCUCGACGUCGGAUAUUCUCCAACGAUUCGCUCGCUUCUCAGAGCGGGAAUGCCGUCGCGCUGCCUUCUAUCAACGAUGACAUGACCAUCGAGCUUAUAGAUUCCGCGGCCGGACGGCUGACAGGUGUACUUAGAAAUGAUUUUGCAGCAAGGGAUCAACACUAAAGGGUCGACGUUACCGGAGCCUCGACCUGCGUCUCCUCGAGGACAUCCUACUCGUCUUCAGGAAGCUCUUCGAAACAGUUGGUUUUCGAGGCCGGACCGAAUCAGUCGAUGAGUUCGCCAAACCGCCUCAGGUCUAGCAGAACACGUCAUAAGUAUUCGGAGUAUAUACAAUUACUUUGGGGUGCAUUCAUGGUUCCUUGAGAUUUCUUCCGCUAGAGUACUCAUCACAUUAUCAUAGGUUUUGUCUCAAUUAUAGGUUACAGACUAUCGUCCUAUGCCGGUGCUACAAC